GGAAAGGGGGGCUGUUACCUCCGCCUCCGCGCCCUGGGUCUCUGCCGCAGCUCUGGCUUGUGUCAGCACGGUGGUCCUCAUCCAGCUCCCCAUCUCUGCCCCGGGCCUAACCCCGCCCCCGGGCGCUCAUUGGCUUGCACCCCACCCCCCUCCUGCGAGGUCCGCCAGGGAGGCGGUGGUCUGUCGCCUCCCUCGGCCCCGGGCCUUGGCUGCGCAGCAGAGGCGGCGCCUCUCCCGCAGGACAGAGCGGGCCGAGUGGCACCGGGUGGGCGAAAGCAGACAAGGGGCGCCUCGCUCCGAUUCCCGGCUGCGACUGGAGGCGGCUUUGGAGCAGCGCGGUCCCUUGUGCAACACGCACACACCGCGGCGCAGGGACACACAGACUCGGCUGCCCGCGGCCACACUCACCGAGAGACCAGGCUCGGCGCGCGCUCCGCGGCGCACACGCUCCAGCCGGUGCGGCUCUGGGCGCGGAUCCGCGGCUUGCGCGCCCUCCUGCACCUUCAUUCCCGGCGCCCAGCAGCCCGGACCAGCCCCGAGGCCAGCAGCACUGUGUGGACAGUGGCGGGCGGUGACUGACUCUCCAAGGCUGGGAGUGACAGCCAGUGAUUGUGGCUGAGAAGCACCAUGGGCAGGAUUCUGCAGCUCUCCCUGACUGCUCUCCUGCUGCUGCCUGCGGCUAUUGCUAUGCACUCUGACUGCAUCUUCAAGAAGGAGCAAGCCAUGUGCCUGGAGAGGAUCCAGAGGGCCAAUGACCUGAUGGGCCUAAACGAGUCUUCCCCAGGUUGCCCUGGCAUGUGGGACAAUAUCACAUGUUGGAAGCCUGCUCAAAUAGGUGAGAUGGUCCUUGUGAGCUGCCCUGAGGUCUUCCGGAUCUUCAACCCGGACCAAGUCUGGAUGACAGAAACCAUAGGGGAUUCUGGUUUUGCUGAUAGCAAUUCCUUGGAAAUCACAGACAUGGGGGUCGUGGGCCGGAACUGCACUGAGGACGGCUGGUCAGAGCCCUUCCCCCAUUACUUCGAUGCUUGUGGGUUUGAUGACUAUGGGCCUGAGUCUGGGGAUCAGGAUUAUUACUACCUGUCGGUGAAGGCCCUCUACACAGUCGGCUACAGCACCUCCCUCGUCACCCUCACCACUGCCAUGGUCAUCUUGUGCCGCUUCCGGAAGCUGCACUGUACUCGUAACUUCAUCCACAUGAACCUGUUUGUGUCCUUCAUGCUGAGGGCUAUCUCCGUCUUCAUCAAAGACUGGAUCUUGUACGCCGAGCAGGACAGCAGUCACUGCUUUGUUUCCACUGUGGAAUGCAAAGCUGUCAUGGUUUUCUUCCACUACUGCGUGGUGUCCAACUACUUCUGGCUGUUCAUUGAAGGCCUGUACCUCUUUACACUGCUGGUAGAGACCUUCUUCCCUGAGAGGAGAUAUUUCUACUGGUACACCAUCAUUGGCUGGGGAACACCUACUGUGUGUGUAACCGUGUGGGCUGUACUGAGACUCUACUUUGAUGAUGCAGGAUGCUGGGAUAUGAAUGACAGCACAGCUCUGUGGUGGGUGAUCAAAGGCCCUGUGGUCGGCUCUAUAAUGGUUAAUUUUGUGCUUUUCAUCGGCAUCAUCAUCAUCCUUGUACAGAAGCUGCAAUCCCCAGACAUGGGAGGCAACGAGUCCAGCAUCUACUUCAGCUGCGUGCAGAAAUGCUACUGCAAGCCACAGCGGGCUCAGCAGCACUCUUGCAAGAUGUCAGAACUAUCCACCAUUACUCUACGGCUGGCCCGCUCCACCCUGCUGCUCAUCCCACUCUUUGGAAUCCACUACACAGUAUUUGCCUUCUCUCCAGAGAACGUCAGCAAGAGGGAAAGACUUGUGUUUGAGCUUGGGCUGGGCUCCUUCCAGGGCUUUGUGGUGGCUGUCCUUUACUGCUUCCUGAAUGGGGAGGUACAGGCAGAGAUUAAGAGGAAAUGGAGGAGCUGGAAGGUGAACCGUUACUUCACUAUGGACUUCAAGCACCGGCAUCCAUCGCUGGCCAGCAGUGGAGUGAAUGGGGGGACCCAGCUGUCUAUCCUGAGCAAGAGCAGCUCCCAGCUCCGCAUGUCCAGCCUCCCUGCUGACAACUUGGCCACCUGAGCCCUGUCUCCCUUCUUCUUCUGCACAGGCUGGGGCUGCGGGCCGGUGCCUGAGCAUGUUUGUGCCUCUCCCCUCUCCUUGGGCAGGCCCUGGGUAGGAAGCUGGGCUCCUCCCCAAAGGGGAAGAGAGAGAUAGGGUAUAGGCUGAUAUUGCUCCUCCUGUUUGGGUCCCACCUAUUGUGGUCCACUGAAACCAAUUUGACAUGUAAAUACACCUCAAAUUUGGAAAGUUGCCCCAUGUACCCCCCCACCCCCGUCCCAACCCAUGCCCCUGCUCAGCUCUGCCAGGCCCCAGCUCUACCUACUGUGUCAAGGCCAGCCUCAGUGAUGGCCUGAUCCCAGGUACGAGGCCUUGUGAACUGAGUUUGAAACAUGCUUGCUUUGGAGAGGCUGGGGUAGUGACCACCCCAGCAGCCUUUCAGUGAAUUGACUUUGGAUGUGGACCCUUCUCAGCCUGUAUCAAGCACUACAGUUGGCCAGGGAUGCAGCUCAGUGUCCUGAGCAUCCUUUGGAGCAGGUCAGCCUGAGGCUCCUUUUUGCUUACAUCUAAGUUGUCCAGGUGCUCAGCUCCUGUGUGCCUGGAUGAUAGGAGGGCUCUAGGGCUCUUCAGUCAAAGACUUACAUUGAGGUGGGGUGAGGGUCAGAGAAUGUUCUGGUGCUUUUCAUUUGCUCUAAGAGCUGAGAGCCAGAAAUGCAGAUUCAAUUGGGAAGAAGAUGAGAUAUCUGAAGAGCCCACCAGGUCCAUGACUGUGUCCCUGACUUAUGACUGUAUCAUGUGGUGGCUUUAUUUCUACACUUCUUACCCACAAUGGAUGGUCUGAAGAAGCUGUUCUCCAGCCACAACAACCACAGAAAGCUCCUCCCUCUUCCCUCUCUGUUUUCCUAUAAAUCAAAGCCAUGUCUAGAAUGGACCAGCCACCUUGCAGUAAAAUCAAUGAGUUCUGAAGCAACCUUCAAUUUUCAUGAGCCAAGUCCUGGGUCCAGGACUCCCCACAGCCCCACGUCUACUGAUAAGGAAUCCUACAUGCCACCCCCAGCCUGGACUCAAUUACUAAACUCAGAUUUGUCUGCAAGACUUCCUCCAUGUACCCUUGACAUUUGAAUCACUCGUGGGGCCUCUUAGGGUGUUUGGAGGUGAUACUGUAUCUAUCAUGUGCAUGGGCGGAAGCUGCUGGUGGAGGGAGUGGUAGCUCUCUAGUGCCCAUCCUAGCUCUCCAGCUGCAAGUUGCACAGCCAUAACCUAAGACUUUAAAAUAAGGCCACACCCAGAUUUGGGAAGGUAGAGGGGAAAAAAGUAGUGCCAUGGGGUCACGUGGCCCAGCUCAUUCCAUGUAGAUGCCUGUUCUUGUUCCUGCCUCUGUGGACUCGUUCAUGAUUGUGCUCUGGACUGCAUGGGGAGUGUAGAAUGCUGCCUUGCUUGCUGUUGUAUUAAGUAGAAGGAGUUCUAGGAGAUUUGAGACAGUGCUUCUGGAGGAGCCAUUGGAAAGACUGGAGAAGAUUCUAAUUGAUAGGAUUUAGAGAUGUGCUCUGGGUUCUUGACCAGUGAAGUACGGUCUUGGGUCUUUGGCAAAGUUGGAAAGAGAAAGGGCCUCCUUGUUCUUUCCCAGAAACAUUUAGUGGCUUGGACCAGCCACUGAGUAUACAUUGACUCUCUUUUCCCCUGCACCUUAUCUCUACCCCCACAUCCCCUCCUUUUCAGCUAAACAAAAAUUAGUUGAUCCCCUUGUACUUUUGGGCCCUUCUAGGGAGCCUGAGCUGUUCAGAGAAAGCCUUGGUUCAGGAUUCCAGCUGGGUUCAUGACUGUGAAUACCAUGUGCCCUGUGCUGGGCCCCAACUUCCUUGUUUAUGAAAUGAGGUGGUUUCUAGUGCUUUUCCAAGUUCUGCAUUAGUUAAAAACUAAGGCAGGUAAACAGAUGUCUCCUUGUGAAGAUCAUCUAAGGUGUGUGUGUGUGCAUGUACACGUGUGUAUUGAGGGGAAUGACGUUCUGUCUAUUUUCCCAUUUGGAUGCCCAUGGCAUCCAGAGCAGAGGGAAGAGCAGGGGGAAGCUCAGGCCAUGGACAUUUGAAUGGGGCCUCAGGCAUGAUGUGCAGAACCAGCCUUCUAUGUCAGCAGGGACAGGUUGCCUGUGGUAUGGUGCACCCCUUGGGCUGUGAACCCCAUUUGCUUGCCAUCACUCCCACCAGUGGGUCUGCUUCACUGUGGAAGGAGAAACUGUGACUUUCUGGUUGCAUUAUUGCAAAACAGCAAAAAACUAGAUAACCUGAGCCCCGCUGCUUCCUGAGCCCCAGGCCUGUGUCCUCCCAGAACUCCCAGGUUUCCAUUGCUUUGAUUUUCUGUCUGAAGGAAUCUUGUGUUAGUCUUGUGAGCAGAUGCACCUGAAGGAACCUGCAUGUUCCGUGAGGGUCCGGCUUUCAGGCCGCUGGCAGUGAAGGGACAGCACAAGGCUGGCUAAAGUCCUUCCCCUUUGACCCUCUUACACAGUGCAAGCAAUAAGACUUACUGAUUUGUGUGUAUCCCAGUGUGCCUCUGGGUUCUGUCUAAAUACCAACCAUCUUCUCUUGGAAUGGGCUCUAGGCAAAGCUUGAAGUAAUAUAGCCUGGACCCAGAAAAGGGAAAAUGCUAAGAAAAUCCUGUCUGGUAGGUGAAAAGGGCUUCAUUGAUUUGGAAACUUGGAGGCAGGAACAUAGCAGAUUUCGGGGGCACCCAGCCAGUGGAAAAUCAUUCCCAGGAAGUCGGGGCUUGUUCUAUGAAACCUUAAAGGCCAAAUGGACCAUCCCAUUUUGGGGAUGAGGGCAUCCCUGUCCUUAUCUCCUGUCAUAGCUGUCCAACUACAGGGUAAGAAGCAAGGGUCAGGAGAGAAGAUAGUCCUCAGAACAUGGGAUUCUAUAUCAGGAAUCCUUAGGAAGCCAGAGGGAUUUAAAGGUGCUGCAGUUUCGAGCCUCAGUAUGCACCAUGCCUAAGAUCUGACUACUCUCGGUGUACAGUGAGGAGGUCCUCCCUGACAUGCUCAGCAUAUCUCAGUAACUCCUUUUCUAACCCUGGGACGGGGCUUGGUCAGGGCCGGGUGGUGGAAUUAACCCUGCACCUGUUGCCCAGUACCAGGGCCUCUGCUGUUUGGUCUGUACCCUCUUCCUUGGAGGGAAAGCUGCAAGAGACUCUCUUUUCAAUUUCUUUAAUACCCUUUGCCCCCUACCAAGAGAAAAGAGCAAGUCCCCUGACACUGCAAAUUUCACUUGAGCCUAGGGAGCUAGGAAACCAGGUGGGCCUAUCCUGUUUUCCAAUUGCACUGCAUUGAAUGGUAGUGGUAUUGCACAGCCCUGCAUGUGAGCCAGAUGUAACACUCCAAGCAUCUGUGGAAUACAAUGCACCUUUUGCAGGAGUGGUUGUACCUGCAGAAAGUCCAGGAGUCCACAGUACAGUGCAGGAGAAGCAACAGAGAUGGCCUGGUAUAAGGAUACCUACUAGCAAACUUGGCCCUCCAAGUUCUGGGACUCCAUACUUCCCUACCCUCAAUCUCUGCUCUGCAAUGAGGUGGCUGUGGUUACAGCAUCACCUACCCUCUAGCUAGGGAUGAGGUAGAGGUGAAAUGCUCCCUGUGAGUUUACAAGCUCUGAAAACAACACCGUCGUGGGCUCAUUCUUAGAGUGAAGACCCUGAAAGGUAUCUCCCUUUACAGCCUGUCUACUGCUUUGAGCCCUUUUGGGUUAACUCAUUUGUAAAACCACCAGCAUGAGCGUGAGGAUGAGGCCACAGGGCUCUGGUGGACAUCAAAUCCCAGCUUUACCGUCAUCACUGUUCAGUUUGCUUGGAAGGUAAGGAGGAGGAGAACUCUGCUAUGAGCAACUCUGUGCUCUCUGCCUAGGAAUCCUUCAAUGGUAUGGGACACUCCUCAAGUGAGCCAAAUGCCCAUUCUUCUUCCCUUCCCUAAACUCUGGGUCCUGUGCUAUGUCUGUACUCAGCCAUGUGUGUUUUGUCUGCUGUCUGUGUUCUGAGGCUUAGCAUCUGUCAGGGCUGGGGUGGUUCAGCCCUUGGUACUCCAGAUGUGAGUUCCAGGCUCCCUCAUGGGAACUGGACCAGUCUGGGUUUAAUCUCCCACAAUAAAGAUAAACCCCAUGGACCUCACUGCUACUGCUGCCUCCAUUAACGCUGUGCUCACACCUUGUCUGGGAUUUUAAGAAUGUCAAACUGCUGUAGAGGACUCAAUAAAUGUCUUAUCGUUUUUCUUGG